UACGCAGACGAGAGACACCCUGAGUGACCCUGCAGUGAGGAGCCGGGGGUGAGGAGGAGCCCAGGGUGUCCUCCCUGGCAGGGCUUCCCGGGCCGGCUGCCCUUCCGGUGGGCGCACCCCCGGACAUCAUGCUGCAGCAGAUCCUGCAUGACAUGUACAUCGACCCCGAACUCCUUGCCGAGCUCAGUGACGUGCAGAAGCACAUUCUCUUCUACAAAAUGCGGGAGGAGCAGCUGAGGCGCUGGAGGGAGCGUGAGGCUUGGGAGGCCCUGGCCCAGGCAGAGGGCCUCAGGCCCCCAAAACCGAAACCAAGAGCAGCAAGCGACAAGCACAUCCAGUGGCUCCUGGGGGCAGAUGGUGACGUCUGGGUCUGGAUCAUGGGAGAAGGUCCCGGGGACAAGCCCUAUGAAGAGAUCUCUGAGGAGCUGAUUGCAGAGAGGGCGCGGCUGCAGGCCCAGAGGGAGGCGGAGGAGCUCUGGAGACAGAAAGAGGCAGAAAUCACCAAGAAGUUUCGGGAUGCUCUGGCCAAUGAGAAAGCCCGGAUCCUGGCGGAGAAGUGGAAAGUGGAGAUGGAGGACCGGAAGGCGGCCAAAGUCCUGGAGGAACGCAUCCGUGAGGAGUUCAAGAGGAAAGAGGAGGAGGAGAGGAAGCGAGGAGAGGAGCAGAUUCGCCUCCAGGAAGAGCAGAGGGCGAAGGAGCUCUACUGGACCCUGAAGCAGGCCCAGCUGCAGAGCCACGCCAGCGAGAACGAGGAGCGCGAGUGGGAGGAACAGCUGCGCAGGUCCAAGGCUGCGGAUGAGGAGAGGAGCCGCGGAGCUCAGCGCGCCAGGGACGAGUACCGGCGCCACUCACUCCGCGCCAUCCAGAAGGGCAUGGUCGCCGGCCUCAGCUCCAUGUUCCGAGAGCUCGGCCAGAGCCAGGAGCAGGAGGCCAGACUCUACCACCACCUGCCAGGCCCCGGGCCUCCGCCUCCCCUUGCCAUACCUGUCAGGACCUGGGAGCGCCCACUGAGACCUGUCUCCAGAGAAGUCAUAGUCCGCUGGUUUAAGGAGGAGCAGCUGCCUCGCCGAGCCGGCUUUGAGAGGAACACCAAAUCCAUCGCCCCCUGGUUCCACGGAAUUAUUAGCCGAGAAGAUGCAGAAGAUCUCCUCGAGAACAUGACAGAGGGAGCAUUUUUGGUCCGGGUCAGUGAGAAAAUCUGGGGUUACACCCUCUCCUAUCGCUUGCAGAAAGGGUUCAAGCACUUUCUUGUGGAUGCCUCUGCAGACUUUUACAGCUUCCUCGGAGUGGACCCCAAUCGCCAUGCAACGCUCACGGAUCUCAUUGAUUUCCACAAGGAGGAAAUUAUCACUGUUUCAGGGGGAGAGCUGCUGCAGGAACCCUGUGGACAGAGGGACAGCCCACCAGACUACCAUCUGUUGUUUGAGUGAUUUUUUUCCCCCCUUACCAAUUGGAUUUCUUUGGGUAUCCAUUUUUUGAACUCAACUUAAGAACUUCCUGGCUCAAAUCCUUAUGGCCUUCCGGAAGAUCCACCACCACCAGCCAGAGGAUUAAGUAGAUUAGUAUGUCUCAAAGGAUAUGAAAUAUACGUGCUAUUGGUCCCCAUCCCUGUGCCGAGGACAGAAAUUGCUCUUUGCUGAUGCAGCUCUUUCAAGAAGAGUUUAGUUAUGACUUCAGAGAAUGAAGCCUAUUUGCCAUGGCCACCCUAAGCUGAGCCCCCAGAGCACAUGGGUCAUGUUUUAAUAAUCCAAAAUAAUUCCAGUGCCGAACUCUGAAUGUAACCUGUGGUAGACAUUCAAUAAAUGUUUGU